AUCUCCAAUAAGAUUGUGAAAUAAUUGCAGCCUUUUGUCACUGGCCAAGAUGUUGGAAGAAGAUAUGGAAGUGGCCAUCAAGGUGGUGGUGAUAGGAAACGGAGCUGUUGGAAAGUCCAGUAUGAUCCAGAGAUACUGCAAAGGGAUUUUUACAAAAGACUAUAAGAAAACUAUUGGAGUUGAUUUCCUGGAAAGACAAAUUCAAGUCCAUGAUGAAGAUGUCCGAUUAAUGCUGUGGGACACGGCAGGUCAAGAAGAAUUCGAUGCGAUUACCAAAGCUUAUUACAGAGGAGCCCAGGCUUGUGUACUUGUAUUUUCCACCAUUGAUAGAGAGUCUUUUGAAGCAGUCCCAAACUGGAAGGAGAAAGUAGUAUCUGAAGUUGGAGAGGUACCUACAGUUCUUGUUCAGAACAAGAUUGAUCUCCUGGAUGAUUCUUGUAUAAAGAAUGAAGAAGCUGAGGCAUUGGCGAAAAAGCUAAAAUUAAGAUUCUACCGAACAUCUGUAAAGGAGGACUUAAAUGUAACAGAAGUUUUCAGGUAUCUGGCUGAGAAGUAUCUUCAAAGACUCAAACAACAAACAGCUGAAUAUCCAGAAGUAGUACAUACGAGUAGUAACAAAAUUGGUGUUUUCAACACAGCAGGUGGAAGUCACUCUGGCCAGAAUGCUAGCAUGCUUAACGGCGGCGACGUCAUCAACCUUAAGCCUAACAAACAACGGACCAAGAAAAACAGAAGCCCUUUUAGCAUCUGUAGCAUACCCUAAACAGAGAAGGAAAGACAGUCUGACAAAAGCGUUUCAGCUGAAGUCAGCAAGGAACACAGCUGACUGUAGCGGUCCAGUGCUUUCACAAGUGUUCCACACAUGGGAUCCCACACUGAUAGUGGAUAUUGCUGUUGCAAUGAAUUAUUGUUGGUGCAUAGUUAAGACUAGUGGUGGCACAGAAAUAGAACCAUUGCCCCAUGCAUUCAUUUUAUGUUGAGUAAGACAGCUUUCAGGUUGAAAGGUACGAUGUAUUAAAGUGUGUAACAGGUCUCACUUUUUAAAGGCCAGC